AUGGCCUCUCAGAACACCAAGCGGGAGGCUGCUCCAACGAAGCAGGAGGCUGCACCUAGCCAGGAGCUGGUGCAGAGAAGCUGUGCUCCAGCUCUGAAGGAGAAUAUCCGAUCAGUGCCCAAGAACCUGGUGAUGGGCGUACAGACGCUGGUCGGCUCCGGUGCCGGUCAGACUCGGCCGGCCGGUCUGCGGGACGUCACCAACUCGCCGGGGCCGCGGACCAGGGCGCCGCUGAAGCGCGCUGCCACCGUCGACUCGCAAGACGAGCCCACGGUGGAGGAACCGUGCGCCAAGCAGUCGCGUCCGCAGUCGGAGCCUCGCUCGCCGCCGGCCACCGAGCACCGGGCCGUGCCCGAGGGUAAGGACUCGACGCCGACCGUCCGGCCCGGCUCCCGGCUGCCGUCGUCGCGCGGCCGCGGCCGCAGCGUCGACACGGCGCCGACCCGCGCCUCGCCGCGGCUGGCGCGCGGCGCUGCGCCCCCGCCGCUGGUGCCGCCGAGACGACCCACGCCCGUCGCGGCCGGGCGCCGCCGCACGCCGGCCAGCUCGCCGGCGCCAGCCACGAGCCGCCGCACGCCCGCCACCGGACAGCCGGCAGCGACGCGGAGGACGCCCUCUACUGGCGCUGCCGCGUCCCGACGCGCCCCCUGCUCCACCUCUCGGCGACGCAGUCUCAGUCAGAACGACGCCGCCCGGAUGGCUGCUGGCGGCGGGCCGCCGAACCUCGUGGUGGCCGAGACGCCCAAUGUGCUGAGGCGGGGCCUGCAGCUGCGCUCGGCCGCUCGCGCCGCCGCCGAGAAGGCCGUCAAAGACGAGCAGCAGUCACGGCUCGACUCACUCCGUCGGCAGAUGGCAGACUACAAGAAAAAGGCGGCCGAGGCCAAACAGCCGGUGCGUCCGCGCGUGGCGGCCGUGAAGCCGCCCACCCGACCCCAGCCGUUCCACCUGCACGACGAUCGGAGCGCCACCGGGUCGGUCGGCGGCCGGCCCGUCACAGAGUUCCGCUCCACGGCUCAGCUCAUCGAGGGGUUCCAGCGCAGGACGCCGCCGCGCUUCCACUCACGGCCUGCCGGUGACCGUCCGUCAGGCUCUGUGGACGCCGCCCCCUCUCACGUGACCAUCGGCCGCACCCCGCCGCUGAUGACCCGUGCGCGGUCCCGCUCCACGAACAACAUCCCCAGCCGCGAGCAGCAGGAGCUGGCAGAGCUCGAGGAGGCCAGACAGCACCAGGUCCGCGCCCGUCCGGUGAACCGGCGCGUUCUGGAGCAGAAGGUCGGAGUGCCCGCCAAGCAGGCUCGGCCGACCACCGCCGUCGAGCCGUUCCACCUGACGCAGCCGGCUCCGAGGACCCAGUCGGCCGCGGACGAGACGACGGGCUCUGCGGUGUCCGAGUUCCGCGCGCAGCCGGCGCCGCGCGCCAUCCUCAGCGCGCCGCAGGGGGUGCCCGCUCGCCAGGCGGCGCCGGCCACGAAGCCGCAGUCGCCGGCGCUGCAGCUCAAACAGCGCAUGGCAGAGCGCAGGAAGGAGGUGCAGGUAAAUAAGGAGAAGGAGCAGCAGCAGUCGGGAGGGGUGGUGCGCGCCAACCCCAUCCCGGACGCGGGCGUUCCGUUCCGGCCGAAUGUGGAGCACCGCACCACCCGUCCGGCGCCCUUCAGCUUCGAGGAGCGCGACAAGCAGCGCCAGGCAGAGAAGGAGAGGAAAAUUCAGGAGGUGCUGGAGGAGGAGCGUCGUCAGCGCGAGUUUCGCGCGCAGCUGCUGCCGCCGUCGUCCCCGCGCGGCGUGCCCCAGCGUCGCACGCCGACCACCACCCGUCCGGAGCCGUUCCAGCUCCCUGGUGACCAGCAGGCGGCCGCCGCCGCCGCCCGCCGCCAGAAAAAGCUGGAGGAGGAGGCGGCGGCCGCCCGUGCCGCGGCCGAGUUCCACGCACAGCCGUGCACUGUGACGCGCCGCGACCCGUACCAGCCGCAGCGCUCGGCUCGCGGACCGACCGCGCCGCGCACUCCCCUGCUGCACACGGACCAGCGCUCGGCGCGCCGACAGAGCUUCGAGGAGCGCCAGAAACAGCGCGAGGCAGAGCUGCUGGCCGCCCAGCAGGAGGCGGAGCGGCAGCGGCAGCGUGAAGAAGAAGAGGAGGUGGCCCGCCAGCGGCGCGAGGCCGUCCACCACGCGCAGCCGAUCCGCCGCUACCGUCCUGUACACGUACAGCCGUCGGACGCACCGCUCACGGCGCCGCGUACCCCCAACUGGGCCCGCAACUCGUCCCGCGCCAGCAGCUACCGCGAUCAGUGAGGUGACCCUGGCGGCGGCGGCGGGCGUCGCACCGAGUAUGUAUGAUCGCGCCGAGCCGGGAAGGCCGGAGGCCAUACGUUUUACCGUAGUGUAAUAAAAAAAUCCUUAAAUGCAAUAAAAAACAUGGGUUCUCGAGUCUAUGUCAAUCAAAGGUCCGAUCAAAAUGGGUCAUGUUUUAGCCGGGACGUUGUCAAAAUACCAUACACUUUUAGGAGCCGGUGGUCUUAUGAUGUCCUCUGUUUUUGAAUAUUUUCAUACCGGUUCUGUCACAUUGCAUUCAGUAAGCGACCAUACAUGCAAUAAAAACAGUGGGUUCUCGAGAGUAACGUUACGGAAUAGAGUGAAUGCUAAUAUGAUGUUCAACAUGUUGGAGCGCACUAGAUCGCGUAGGACUUCAUCGGACUGUGGCACAUCGAUGUCCUCUGAUUUUGUGUGUACCAAGGCAUUCUGUAAGAAACUGGGAUUAUUUACCUUCAUUUAAUGGAAUAAAAAACGUGGGUUUUCAUGUCUAAGUCAAUUAAAAAAUCCAUCAUUACGGGGCAUGGAAGACGAUGGUGUUGGCUGAGGAUAGCGUUCAAUGAUUUAGGAAGUGACGUUUUAUGACGUUUUAUUACGUCAUACUGCAGCGUGAGUAGCUACAUAGCCCACUCCCAGCUGAAGAAAAGUUGUUACAUGAGUUCGCAUUAUAAAUUGGUGAAGUGUCUUCACUUGUUUUUUUUUUAUUACACUAUGGUUUUACGCUACUAGGCCGGAGACGCUUAACCCCUACUAGAAGUGGACUGACUUUGAGAGACUGACAGUAACCGCAUGUGGACAGUGCGCGGUCGGGUGGGAGGGGACUGGUGCUGAUAGUGAGCACGAGCGGCCUACAGUGUGAGCCACGUGUGGAUGGGAUGUGGAAGGCGGUGUGGACUGGAUGUGGAUGGGAUGGGGACGAGAGGUGGACGAUGUGUGGACUAGGUGCAGACCGCGGCGAUGCUUUGCGGAUGGCGGUGCGGUGGUAUCCUCUGCCGGCUGUGAGAUCUGGUCGUCAGUGGCGGCCCGCAGUCGGGCCCUCCCAGACGCUCCGCGUGUAAAUAGUGAUCUUGCUGCCUUACUUUUGCUGUCCAGCUCACGACGAGCUCAGGGCGCCUCCGUUCCGGCGAGCGUAUGUAGAUGGCGCUAUGGCGGCGACGGGAGCGUCAGCAUCCCACGACCUACGCCGCGCUUUUAGCCGACUAGUUAUUUUAUCCUGGUUGCGGUGUAUUCGAUAAUAAAUAAGUGAAGUUUCA